UGACGUUCGGGGGGGGGGGAAAGGAUCAAAGAUGGCGGCGGUCAUGGCGGGUGGGUGCUGGGGCUGCGGCGCGCGGGCGCUGCCCGGUAACGGUCGGCUCGCGCUUCUACUGCUCGCGGCCCGGGCGCGCGGGGCCUUGUCUGCCGGCAGGCUACUUUGUACAGCUACACAGCAAAAAAAUACUGGACAAAACUAUGAAGAUGACCAGAGCCAUUCUCAGAAUGGAGACAAAGAACUACCAAACUCCACAGAGAAAACUCUAAUAGAAGAUAAGACAAAGCUAGAGAAACAACUGAAGGAUCUAACGGACAAAUAUAAAAGAGCACUAGCAGAUACUGAAAACUUGCGUCAGAGAAGUCAAAAACUUGUAGAAGAAGCUAAGUUGUAUGGUAUUCAAGGGUUCUGCAAGGACCUUUUGGAGGUGGCAGAUGUUCUUGCGAAAGCAACAGAGAGUGUACCCAAGGAGGAGAUAACUGAUGCAAACCAGCACCUUAAGAGCCUCUACGAAGGUCUCAUCAUGACAGACGGACAACUACAGAAAGUGUUUUCCAAGCAUGGCCUUGUCAAACUGAAUCCUAUUGGAGCCAAGUUUGAUCCCUAUGAGCAUGAAGCUCUUUUCCACAGUCCCGUGGAAGGGAAGGAGCCAGGCUCUGUGGCACUAGUGUCCAAGAUUGGGUACAAGCUCCAUGGACGCACGCUUCGACCAGCAUUAGUUGGAGUUGUCAAAGGAGUAGAAUGAUGGUUUUAGGACUGGCUGAUGUAGUAUAGUUCAAGAAGGACCAUUAUACUUCAUAUUCUUUGACAAUGAAUUUUUAUGAUUUCCUGUUUAUGAAGAUAUUACUGAAUUCUAUAUCAAAUAAGGAUCUGCAUAUUUGAAGGAUUUCUAUUAAAAGUGGGUGUGCUGUUAAAA